ACAGUCUACAUAUAUAUUCAAGAGAGAAGUCAAAGAGACAACAAAAUUAUAACUAUACAACAAAUUGAGAAAUAGCUGAGAACUAAUUAACUUUUAUAAUUAAUUAAAGAAAAUGUUUCGUUUUUUUACUCGCAAAAAGAACUCUAAAUCCGCUGAUAAACCCACAACUCAAACGACAUCAGGUGAAAAUUUAGAGGCACCGCAACCGGCCUUGAAUGCAACUACAAGCAACACUUCAGGAAUUUCCACAGUUACAUUGCAGAAUGCUGAUGACAAUUACAAUAAAUUUGUUAGUAUUGAUAAAGAAACCAUUGAUGAUCUUAUCGCAAAUAAAUCGGCAUUAGCAAGAGCUGAAGCAUUGCUCAGGCCAAGCACCAACGAUGAACAGGCGAGUACAUCAGCUGCCGCAUCACUAGCAGAAAAUUACAAUCGGUUCGGAUUUCAACCCCCUGAGCACAGAGCUAGUUUAGCGCAAACAGCAUCAAAUCUUGCAGCGUCUAUGUCAGAACAAUUCUCACAUUAUUCUGAGAAUAAUUCUCUGUCAGAGCACAUAUUUGAAAGUGACACGGCACCGUGCAAAGAGGAUUUUCUAAAAAGAGCAUAUCAAACAACAAACAAAGAUGUGCCAUCAACGUCGGUCACCAACGUAAAUGAUGAAAUCGCUAGCACUAGUCGAAACGAACGAGCUGAUCGGCAGAGUGGCAAAAAUAUUGGCAAUCCAUAUAGCACACUUAAGCAUAAUACGACCUUAUCGAAAAAAUUCAAUAACGACUCUACAGACAACACUGAAACAAUUACUGAGAGCAGAAAUUCUGGUACAGACGCAUCACAUCAAGGUUAUAGUGAAGUUAAUUAUCGUCAAUCAAAGAAAAUUCAAAAAGGUAAACGACCAUCAUUCUUCAGAUAUUCCUUAAAUUUGGGAACAAAUAAAGGAACAUCGCCUGCUAAGGUCACGCGUUCAACUGACGUAACACAUAUUGACAAUGAAACACUCAGUCGAGUGACUAAAUCAAAUUAUAUAGUAAAAGCUGCGAAAACAAGUGCUUGGUCGACUAAGUUAGGUAAUUUAUUUAUGGCGCGUGGACGAAAUAAUCAUAGUCGGAAUAAAAGUGUACAUAAUCAGACUAAAGUGCAACAACUUCAAAAUCAACAGCAACAAUUGCCGCACUCCAAACAACAACACCAACAUAGAGCUCUAGAAAGUAAUUCGGAGCUAAGUGCGGGCAAUAAAAAUGUGCCAUCGGAGUUUCUUAUUCAUAAUAGAGCAGUCAAUUCACCAGCCUUAUAUGAAACGCUAAUGAAUCGCUUUGAUAAUAACAAAAGUUUGACUACAAAACAAACGACUGCAAAACACCUUGAGCAGACCACCGACCCGCUUCGUCAACAGGCUGAUGACAGAAAUAGAUCUCAGAAUUCUACACAUAUUUUUAGCGCAGAUACCUUUCGCUCAGAUGUAGUCAACGGAGAACGUACACAGCGUGCUCAUUCAGCGGAUAUUGUCGGAAUGCAGAGUAAACGUGCUCGCUCGUCUUCAGCGGAUGAGUGCAAAACCGAUGAUGAGUUGUACACUGGAAGAGCGCAGAGCGCCAAGUUUUUGGAAGAAAGGCAUAAUUCGUUUACCACUCAAGUGCCAAAUAUUAACUCAAGCGCCUUCACAACAGACACAGUCUCGACGGCAGAAAACAAUACUGAAAGGGUCGGUAUCGAGCACGAAUGCGAUCGGAGCGGUGAACGUGAACAACAGCGCGAUUGUGGAUUUGCAGAAGUGGCAACUAGUGAAAAAGCCUCAAUCGGGUGUGAUUAUAGUGAAUUUGAUAAAUGCGCGCAUUUAACACAAAACGGUGUAAACGGUAUAAAUCAAACGGCCGAAGUCAAACUUGCGGCAUGUGAACGUGAUAAUUUGUGGCAAAGUAGUGUAGCAAGAGAAACGCGAAAUAUUGAACCGCAAGACAGUACGCCGGGCGACAAUUUGCGUACGUACGCUUCAAUGGGGCAGGCAAAUGCCAAAAUAAAUGAAACAGCGCCGACAAUUACGCGAAAUAGUGCAGCACGCGAAUUUCGUGAAUCGGUUAUCCCGAAAGAAGAUAAUUCUGACGUGACUGAUAAGCCAAAAAUAGUACUGCCAACCAUAACUGUGGUUGAUUGUAGUGGAGAUAGUAAUGGAGAGGUUGGUGAUUGCAUUGCACAACCGGUUAUAUAUAAUGGCACGGAUACUAGUUACGAUAGUGUUAAGAUAACACCGAUUGAAGAGGUGCUUGAGAGUAUUUUAAGUGAAACUGCAUCCAUUGUAACAAAUCAAAAUCAAAAUAGUCCCUAUCCACUGCACACUUCUGCGCGUCACAUCAAUAUAAAAUUAGCCGAAGUACCGGAAGAAUACGAAGAUGCCGAAGACCUUGGCAGUGAAAUCUCACGCCAACAUUAUGAUGUGCCUGAGCAACAUAAUCUUGUGAAGAGUGAAAAUGCCAGUGAUUCGAAUUUGAGUACUGGCUGUCCUGACUCUGGGUUUGUCGAUGGUGCUCAGGCCAAAGCGGGUAGCAGCGAUAGAGAAGCUUUUGCACAGCGCGCCGCAACUAGUAAUACAAGUGGUCAUCAUUUACCUUUUGUUCGCGAUGGUAAUUCAACGGAUUGUGAUGAACUCUUAAUGCCGAACGAGGAAUAUGAUUAUUUAGAUAAUGUGGACGAUGGUGGUGUUACUAAUGUUGCUGAGCGUUUAGUGUGCAUUGAAAGCAUUAGCUUGCCUGAUGUUGUCGAGUCGACUGCUUCGAGUUUAUUGCAGGCAAAUGGCGCUAGUUCGUCUGGCUCAAGUACAACUGAAGAACAAAUUGUCAACAUAAAUGGCGCUACUGGCAAUAGUAUUGGUAAAGUGCACUUUGUACCCAUACAUGUUGAGGGUAGCUCUGAACCUAUAAAACGUCGCAGUGUCGAUGACAGUUGCAUUGGAAGCGGUGGUAUUAGAAUGGGUGAAGAACCGACUAUUGAAAUUAUUGAAGAGGGUGGUGAUACAAAUUAUGCUAAAUCAAAUAAAUUUGGCAAUUUUGGCAAGGACUUAUUAGCGGAAAAGUACAAAAUUGAAAAUAGUCAACUUCACGAGAAACUCGAAGUAACACAGCUGAAUGUAAAUAAUUUACAAACCAAAAUUUCCGAGUUACAGAAUAGAGUAGGAAAUUUAGACUCUGAACUUUCGGCGAAAACCUGGAACGUUGAACGACUACAAGGUGAAUUGAGUGCAGCGCACAAGGACGAUGAGUUCGUACGUAAGAAACUUAAACUUUUGGAAGAUGAAAAAGUGGGACUACGGCAAAAAUUCGAUGAACGUGAAGAUCAAUAUCAGUAUCGCAUUAGAGAGCUUGAAGAAAAACAUACGGAACUUAUGGAGAAAUUCAAACAGACCAAGACUUUGGCUAGUAACCUACAAACACAAUUCGCUGCAGCACAAAGUGAUGCAGAAGAAUGGCGUCAAGAAGUGAUCAAAAUACGUGCCGAACUUGAAGAACAAAUAUCGGCAUUAAACAAUGCUUUGAAAAUCUCUAGAAAUGAAAGAAGAAUAUGUGAAGAUCGAUGGCAAACUGAAUUUGAAAUAAUGCGAACACAAAACAGAGAUAGAGAAGAAACUUUAAUGGAAGACUGUGAAUGGAAAAUUCGUCAAACUCAGGGAACAUGUAAGGAAAAAUUGGAGAAAUCCGAAAGUGCACGUCGCGAAGCUCUACAAAAAGUAGAAGAGUUGGAGAAUGAUUUAGCUGCACGAGAUGAGCAGUUGGAAACUUUAAAAACCUUCGAAGCAGAAGUACGUUCCUUGCGUGGAGUUGUUGGAGAACAAGAACAAUCCAUACAGGCUCUCAUUACUCAACUUGAAAGAUUAACAACUGAAUUAACCGAAACAAAAGAGAAUCUUAAAGAAGAAAUACACGCUAGGUCUCAACUUAAAUAUCAAUGUGAUAAUACCAUUCGAGACAAAGAGCGUCAACUUAAUUAUCGUAUUGAUGAAAUUCGCCAUGAAGCUGCCUCUUUCUGGGAGACGAAACUACACACAGAGAUGACAAGACUGAAAAAUGAACUCGAAUCUGUUUAUGCAGACGAUCGCCGUGAAGCCUUGGAUAAAAUUCAAGAAGAACAUGUUGAAGAAUUGCGAGCGCUAACAACGCGAUACACAGCAAUAGAAGAAGAACUUCGAGCCGAGUUGGCGGAAACAGAAGCAACACUGGAGCGCAAAAAGGAAGAAUAUCUGGAAUUAAGGGAUAGGUCGGAUAAUGCGCUGCUUCAAACACGUAUGCAUUUGGAUCGCGCUGAUCGUGAAUAUCAAAAUGCCAUGUGUCGUGAGGAGGAAAGACGCGAGACACUAGAAGCAAACUUGCGCAAAGAAUUUGAAGAGAAGAAACAAGAAAUGGAGGAGGAUUUUCUUGAGCGCUUGAAGCAAGUGCAAGAAGAGUUUUCAGUGGAGUUGCAAUACACAAAACAAGAGUUAACCGAUUUACACCAAGGAGAGCUAAUUAAAGAAAAGGCAAAAUUGAAAGCUGAAAAAGAUGAAGCUUUGCUGGAGUUGGCUGAUCGCCAUAAGAAAAAAUUAUUAGCAGCAGAUGAACGCCUAAGAGGGGUAGAGACACAACAUCAGACCGAUCUGAAAGAACUCAAGGCCAGCUAUGACGACGAUAAGGCGGCGAUGGAUAAACGCGAUUUGAGCAAUGCCAGCGAAAUCGAACAACUUCAUCGCAAGUGUCGUUGCCUGACGAAUUUAUUCGAUGAAAUGCGCAUGCGUUACGAGCGUCGCGAUCCACGUCCGGAAGACUUACGGGAAAUCGAAGAAUUACGCGCGAAAAACGAAUCGAACGAGCGUGACAUUUACGAGUUGACAGUUCGUUUACGCGAAGUUCAAAUGGAAAACGAUGAUUACAAGAAGAAAGUCGGCAAGCAGAUUAAGAAACCACCACCCAAAACAAUACCGACCAGUUGCGAUGUUAUUUACGAAGAAGAAGAACGCGACUCACCACCACCACCAGAAACAGUUACACCGUUGACUAACGGUGACUUGGAAGGCCUUCCCGAUUUGAUCGAUAUCGAUGAAAGCGAUGUGCAGCAGGCCUUCAAUAAUAAGAAGAAAACAGAUAACUCUGACGUCGUCAAUGAGGAUGAUAGUCAGAUGAUAACUGCAGUUUAAAAGUUUGCUUUUCAUUCAACUCAUAGCCACCACCUAUCAACAAAAUUCUUUGGACCUUGUCGGUUCAACUUAUGAAAUUAUCUAGUCAUUAUAAUUGUGGCAAAUUCGUUGUAAAUUUUUUUUUUAAAUUUCCUAUUGUUAAUAAUUUUAAAAUAAUUUAAAAAAUUUUUUUAAGCGCUCUCGACACAAUACUCAUCAAUUUUGUAAUAUACUAAUUUUUAUAAGUAUUUAGCAUAUGCUACAGAUUAUUAUACAUUUUGACAUAUUUUCGCAAAUAUUUCGGAAAAAUCUAUAUUUGGUACAUAAAUAUUUAUAUGUGGGUUCAUAUUUUCUGAUAUGCCAGUGAUAAAUUAAGAAGUAAAAUUAUAUCUU